CCCACUGUUGAAGCUAAAAACCUUAAACUCCUCGCUUUCUCUCUCAUCUCAUCUCCAACUACUUAUUAUAGCAUGGGCAAGGGAGAGAUGAAGCUUACAAAGCUCAAGUCGGUGAUAAAGAAAAUGAAGUCAUUCAAACUCGGAGGCCGCUCCAAUGCCGCCGGCAACUCCUCUUCUUCUUCUUCUUCUUCCGACGACGAGUCCAGUAAUUACUACGCUUACAAUUCCUCCGACGACAAGAACAACCUCCACCCCGUCUACGUGGGCAAGUCCCGCCGCCGCUACCUCGUCGGCCCCGACGUCGUCGACCACCCCGUUUUCCAGGAACUCGUCGAACGGUCGUCGUCCGGCAACUCCGAGGACUCCAUCACCGUCGGAUGCGAAGUAGUGCUGUUCGAUCACUUUCUGUGGAUGCUCGAGAACGGUGAUCCCCAGCCGCCGGAGUGCCUUGAUGAGCUUGCCGGUUUUUACGCUAACUAAUUCAUUUAUAACGCCCAGUAACGGAAAAAUAACCGUUCUUGUCGGAUAAUAUGACUGUGUGGACUUCUCCAUUGCCCUUAUGGUAUAUAUACAUAUAUUGGGUUUAUCGAGGCAAACCCCACUCCUCUUCCGAGUAUGUGAGUAAACCCUCGCCCUGUGAUCCUAGCCGGCAAAGGACC